AUGAUGACUUUCUCGACAGCACCCCAGGAAAUCAACUUCCCCCUGACAUUGCCUCGGGCCAUCUUUCUCGAUAGCGGCGGGGUCAUCAACGAUAAUGACCGUCGGGCACCUCAGUGGGUUCAUCAUCUAGAGCAAUAUAUGCCGACAUCCAAGAUUGGCGGACCCGGUCGACUAUGGGGGAAAGGCAAUGCGAUCAUGUCGGACAGGCUGUUCAAGGGCGAGAACCCUCUUUGGAAGGCACUCAUCGACAGAUCCAAGGACUUUCAUCAGUUCUAUCGGGAUUACCAUCUGUUCUGGAUACAGGAAGGCGUCCGGUUGGUGAACAGCUUCCUGAAGGAGGAGUAUGAUGAGGCCGUCAAUAAUCUCCAAGGUCAUGGAGAUGACGGUGCCAACAAGGAGACACCGCCACUUGUUCAGUUGGCCUUGCCCGAGUCUGAAGAGGAACAGAUCCAGAUUGCCUAUGAUGCCCACCUCUACUGCACCUCCAUCGUCCGUGCAGACUUUCCCGGCGCUGUUGAGGCGAUCUUGGAGUUGAAAUUUGAGCAAGGGUUCACGAUGUACACCUGUUCGGGAGAGUCGGCGACUGAGCUCGAGUUGACCUUCAAGACCCUUGGUAUGUCGACCCUUUUGGCCCAGGAUGAGAAAAAGGCGGCGCACGGACGGUCGUCAACGCCAACCUCACAGGCGAUAACGGAUAUCAGUGUCGAGGAAGCAGCGGAUGUCGUUCUCAGACCGGUAUUUACCAGUCUCUAUGGACCGGACCUGAUUCAAUGCCACAAGGGCUCGAGCGAGUUUUAUCGACAAAUCUUUGAGGACUCUGGGGUGGAUGCACGGGAUGCCUUGGUUGUUGAUGAUAAGGAGUACAUCCUUGCCUGGGCCAAGGUUCACGGAGUAAGGACGGUGAUGAUUUCGACCGAGGAUCGCCGUGGGAAGGAGAUGAUGAUUGAGGUGAACAAGGUCCAGGCAGAUGGAACUGUGGCCAAGGUUAUUGUUCCGGUUGUGGAUGAUCAGCUCGAGUCCCUGUCGCAGCUGCCCGCCUUGACGGCCUCUUGGAAGAAGCACCUUCACGUUAAGGAAUAA